GAGAGAGAGAGAGGGAGAGAGGGAGAGAGGGAGAGAGAGAGAGAGAACUACAGCUACAGAGAGGGAGAGAAACAGGAGGGGGAGUCUAAAACGGCGCUGCUGCGUGUGUGUUCAGAGGGAGAGAGUGUGUGAGAGGCUGAAGGGAGUCUUCACCCACCCGAGACGGACUGAAGAGCCGCUGCACCGAGCAAGAAAGUCGAAGCGACAAGAAACCGGACAACUUUGAGAGGAGCAGCCAUGGCAGGAAGCUCGCUGAGGAGUUUGUGUUUGCUGUUUCUGUCACUGGGAGUGUGUCUGGCCGGAAUCACAGUGAAAGUGAGCCCCGAGGUGGAUGUGAUUCUAGGAGAAACUGCUCGACUGCCCUGCAACUACACCAUCUCCGAUAGUUCCGUCCAGCCAGUGGUCACGUGGUUCAUCGACUCUGCAGGCUCAAGGAAACGUGUCGCUUACAGGUCCCCCCCAGACAGUGGCAAUGACAAAAUUGGUCUGUUUAAAGACCGUGCCACCAUGGAAGCCGACAUGACCCUGGUCAUCUCUAAAGUCAACGUGGGGGAUGAAAUGAGCUUCUUCUGCCAGGUCAGAGGAGGAGCCGUGGGCGUCGAAGAGGACGUGACCAAACUCAGGGUUUUCCUUUCUCCAGAGAAGCCAGUCAUAUCUCAUAAUACCCAUAGCAUUACCGCUGACCAAGAUCAAUCUUCUCAGGUUGGCACGUGUACCAGCAGGAACGGUCACCCACAGCCUCGUAUCAUCUGGUUUAAAGACUCCAAGCCUCUACCAGAAGUGACAGAUUCUAAAGAAAAGACCUACAUGGUGCCCAGAGUGGUGAAAGAGUCAUCGGGUCUGUUCACGGUGGCCAGUGAGCUCUAUAUGCAGCUGAUGAAGGAGGAUGGCAAGUCGGUUUUCCACUGCACUGUGGAGUAUGCAAUGCCCAAUGGACAAAUCACAAAGGAAAGCUCUGAUCAUUUCAGUCUCACAGUGUACUAUCCAGCGGAGAACAUGUUUUUCACACUUUUGAACCAAGGCCCGUUCAAAGAAGGAGACAGGGUUCAGAUGAAGUGUGAGACGGACGGAAACCCUCAGCCUGAGUUUGAAUUCUACAAGGGAGAUGUCAAACUUGGACAAACUGGCACGGGUUUAUGGACACUGGAAAAUGUCACUCGAGACGAUGCUGACAUCUACAAGUGUUAUGUUCUGGAUUUUGAAACUUUUGUUGAACUGACCAGAACUCUCACCUUGAAAGUGGAGUAUCUGGACCCAGUUUCCAUUGUACCUGCUGGCCCUUUGAUUCUCAAAGGAGGUGAUGCCUUGGACCUGCAGUGUCAGACCAAAUCAUCAAAUGAUCACUACGUGGUUUGGAAGAAGGCUGGUAAGGAACUGUCUCAGACAGGUGGACUCUCCCUGAAGUCCGUCACUCUGGCAGAUGCUGGUGAAUACGUGUGUGUCGCAUCUAUGCGCUCAGUGCCAGGUCUAGAGAAACAAGCUAACAUCACCAUCAGAGUCGAAGGCAAGCCUGAGAUUGAUGUGCCUGUUAAAGUCGAGGUGAAGAAAAAGGGAGAUUCAGUCACUCUGAGGUGCUCUGCUCUAGGCUAUCCUGCUCCACAGUUCAACUGGAGACCCUCUGGCAAAGAGUCAGUGACAGUAGAAGGACAAAAGACUAUCAGCAUAAACAUCCUGCCGGCCACAGAUGCAGUCAUUACCGAUGGUGUCACUUGUGAAGCGACCAAUAAAUUUGGCACAGACACCAAGAAGUUUGAGGUGGCUGAAUCAGCUAACACUGCCGAUAGACGCAACCAUGCAGGAUCAGGAAGUCCUGUGUUUGCAAAAGUAGCUGAACCUCAACAGGCCGGCUCCAGCAUAGUAGUGAUCGCCGUGGUGGUGUCUGUGCUUCUGCUGCUGUUCAUUGUGGCCGUCCUGUACUUCCUCAGUAAGAAGAACAAGAUGCCUUGUGGCAAAAAGGACAAUGCACCUGGAAAUGGGCAGGACAAGCAUGAGACAAAGCCAUUCAAUGAGAAGGAUGUGGAAGAAGCAAAAUCAUCAAAUUAAAUGAAGAUGGGACAGUGAAGUGGCAGGGGUGCCUUUUCUUUACA